AUGAAGACAGACACAAUAGAAGUGGAAGGGUACACCACCCUCCCACUCAGACUCCCGUCAACCCCGGUCUUCCCUCAUUCCGCAACACACUACCUCUACAUCCGCCCCCACGAGCCUCGCAUUCCAGACCCCGACUCCUCUCGCUCCCUCUUCAUCGUCAACACUCCCAUUGACACAACAGAAACCCACCUCCGCCACCUCUUCGGAAACCAGCUCGCCGGUGGUCGCGUCUCAAGCGUGCAAUUCGAAGAUGUUCCCGACAAGAGGAAGAACGUCGCGCCCGCAACAGAAAAUAACCUCUCUCAACGGAACAAGAAGCGCAAGCGUGCCACAGCCGAAGACCUGCAGUCCCAGCUAGAUGAUGUGUCCUUGCCAUCGACCUGGAAUCGUCAGCUCCACAAGAGCGGUGCCCAUGCCAUCGUCGUCUUCGCCGACCGCGCCAGCAUGGAAGCCAGUCUCAAAGCUGCCGCCAGGGCCGUCAGAAAGGGAACCACUAUCGUUUGGGGCGAAGGUAUUUCCACCGACAGUGUCUCCAAACUGGGCGCCUCGCGUUAUAUUGCUCACGGAAGUCUCCAAUACCCCGCUCGCGCGGAACUGUUAUCAACGAUCAACAAAUUUAUGAUUCUCCACGCGGAGGUUGAGGAGGCCAAGAAGCGCGAGCAGUCGAAGCAGAAUGCCGAGCCGGACGAGGAUGGAUUCGUUACUGUUACACAUGGACCUAAGUUGAACUCGCUUGCGAGGGAGGAUGAACUGAAGGAGUUGAUUGCGCGAGAGAAGAAGAAGGCCGAGGGACUGGAGGACUUCUACCGAUUCCAGUCUAGAGAGAAGAGGAAGGAGAGGCAACAGGAAUUGCUUAAGAAGUUCGAUGAGGAUAAGAAGAAGUUGGCGGAUAUGAAGAUGCGGAAGGGCAAGAUUCGGCCCGAGUAA